CAAAUUUCUUUGAGAUCGAGGUGAAUUUAGAAUACUUGAAGUUAUCGACCGUAUUAUUCAAAUAUAGAUUCUGCAUUUAACUCUGGGAAACUAUCGAAAGCCAAUCAAGAUCGGAUGACAAGGUGCUGCACACGUAAAAAUAUGCGCAAAAACGCGAAGUGCAUUGUCUCAACAAUUGGAACUAUCCCGACAGAUCUUGCCAGCGAUAUUAUGGCUCGAGUAGCAGCGAAUUCAUUAACUGAUAUCGCUAACAUUAAGUUAAGCUGCAAAGUAUUAAAAGAAAUAGCUGAAGAUCCUCACGUAUAUCAAAAUGCAUCUCUCAAGAAAUUUCCAGUCGGGCAUUGGUGGCCUCCAAGUAAAGAGGAAAAGACAUUUUUGAAUAAGUGCUGGGAAUAUGGAAAUCCAGAAUUACUAUACAGGAGAGGAGUGACACAUCCCGCGAAGAAACAUGCUUGGCCUCCAAUGACAAUAGAAGAAGAAGAUGUUUCGUGUGAUGCUUGUAUAGGCGAUGCAGAACUUGCUUUUAUAUUUGACGGGCUUCCCGGCAUCAAAUAA